AGUCUUGACUCUACUAAGUAGUUGGUGGUGGCGUAACUUAUGUAUUUGUUAUUACUACUUACUAAAUAAUUAGUGGUUAUUACGUUUCAGUUUAUUAAUUAAUUAUUAUUCUGAAACCAGAAUCUUUUUAACUUUAAAAUGUCGUGUCAUUUAAUUCGUAUACUGUCCCUAAAUUACGGGUCAGUAGGAACUUGUUCGUUCAUCACGAUACCAAAAUAUCGAAUGCAUACGGAUGUUACUAGACAUGCUGUAAAGAAAACAACCUCGGCUGCUGGAGGUGUGUUGGGUUUGGGUCGAGGUAAGAAGAAAGUGGGCAAAGUUAGUGCUAUGGAGAAAAAGCAGCUUCCAGUUGAGUCAGAUCCUGAAAAACUAGUAAAUUAUGUUUGUGGCUCUAAUAUUUAUCUCACUGGUGAAGAUGUCAAGAUAAAAGAUGACAGAGAGUACCCCGAUUGGCUGUGGACUUUAAACAGAGGAGCUGCACCUCGUAUUGAAGAACUGGACCCCAACACAAAAGAAUACUGGAUGAGAGUUAGGGCUGCUGGAAUGAGGAGAAACAAUAAACUGCGAUCAAUGAGAAAAUUUUAGUUUAUCAACAUCGGUGUGGCAUUGUGUUAAUUGCACCAAUGUUUAACCUGAGUAAUUUAUAAAAUUUGUAAAUAUAUAUGAUGCUAGUAA